AUGUCUCAAUUCAUCGCUAUCUUAUUCACGGAUACUCCCCAAGUACCAUACGGUUCAUCAAUUGCUAAGAAAUACGGCGAUUAUGGUGAUCAAUCCAUCAAACUUCUUGAAGAUAAUAUCCCUUCAAACCUUCCUCACCCGAAUUACAGUUUCAAGAAGUAUCGUACAAAAGAGUAUAUGCAAUUACCUCUGGAUGACGAGUUAAAAAGUUGCUGUGGAGUACUCGUCACUGGAUCACGAUCUGAUAGUUUUGAUAACCAUGAAGAAUGGUUGAUCCAACUUGAGAAGUUCUUGGGGAAGUUGUUACUUGAUGAGCAAUCACCAUAUUAUAAGAAGAUUCCAGUGGUGGGAAUUUGUUUUGGCCAUCAAUUGUUGGCUAAACUCUUUGAUAAUAAUGGACAUUCCGAUGGCCACCAAAUUGUUGGGAGAAACCACCAAGGAUGGGAACUUGGAUUGAAAGAAAUCGCCAUUUCUGAGAAAUUCACAAAGUAUGCGGAAUCAUUAUUACAAGAACAGUCUACAGACCAAGAAACCAGUUUCAGUACUGGGAAUUUCCGCAAAUUAUGGCUUGUGGAAUCCCAUCAAGACGUUGUAUAUUCGGUACCAUCAUCCAAUCUAGAUCUUUUGUCGAUCGGAAGUACAAACAUCUGUGAAGUUCAGGGGUUAUUCGAUGGGAAAUCAGUGCUUACGUUCCAAGGCCAUCCAGAAUUUGAUACUGAUUUCCAAGAUUAUGUAUUGUUGCAUAGGGAUGUUGAUAUCGGGAUUUUGACGAUGGAUGAGUAUCGGGAGAUGAUUGGCAAGAGUGGGAGGAUCAAUGAUGGUUGGAAGAUUGGGCAGUUGAUCAAUGCGUUUUAUCAGAGAUUUGGAGACUAUGCAUAA